UGCCAUUUCCUCAGCGGAUUUUCGCAAACAUGUCUGUCUUUAAACAUGAAAUGACCAUGAAAUCAAACCGUUGUAACGAAGGCCACUAGCCUAUUUCACAUCAAACGCGCCACUACAAAAGCCUAACAGAUCCCUGUGUAGAAUUAAAUAUCUAGCGGAUAGCCGAGGUCAAGGCCUAUUUGCGGAUCACUCCUUGGGGUUAUACCGUGUUUUACUAAGCCUCCUGGGAUCACUGUUUGAUAAAGUAUCUUCGAAAGAAAAUAUUCCUCAACAUCAUGGGGGUUUCUAUUGGCUGGCGUUGAUUGCUUAUCUAACAAGAUUGUGUGCGAGAUGGAAGCGAUAUGGCUGUACCAGUUUCGACUCAUCGUCAUUGGUGACUCGACAGUAGGAAAAUCCUGCCUGAUUCGGCGAUUCACAGAAGGACGAUUUGCGCAGGUGUCCGACCCGACCGUCGGCGUCGACUUCUUUUCGCGUCUUGUGGAGAUGGAACCAGGGAAACGAAUUAAACUUCAAAUCUGGGACACUGCUGGACAAGAGCGAUUCAGGUCAAUUACCAGGGCUUACUAUCGUAACUCUGUUGGAGGGCUGCUGCUGUUCGACAUCACCAAUCGUCGCUCCUUUCAGAAUGUGCAUGACUGGCUGGAGGAGGCCCGUAGUCAUGUCCAGCCGCAUAGCAUUGUCUUCCUGUUGGUGGGCCACAAGUGUGACCUGGAGUCCCAGAGACAGGUGAGCCAGCAGGAGGCCGAGAAGCUAGCAGGUGCCUAUGGAAUGCGCUACGUGGAGACAUCGGCUCGUGACGCCAUCAACGUGGAAAAGGCGUUCACAGAGCUAACGCGGGACAUCUUUGAGCUUGUAAAGAGUGGUGACAUCAACAUCCAGGAGGGCUGGGAGGGAGUUAAGAGUGGCUUUGUGCCCAAUGUGGUGCACUCCUCUGAGGAGGUCACUAAGAGUGACCGCCGGUGCCUUUGUUGAAUGUCCUGUCAGUCUUCUCGCCGUUGCCUCUCAACCCCAUACAGUCCUUUAACACAAUUUCUCAAUAGCUCCCAAUCUAUUUACCAGGCAUUUUUCACUUCUACACUGAAUACCGGGAGGCCAAAUUUGCUCUAGUCUACCACUGAAUAAAACAUGAUAAAGGUUUUUGCCACAUCUACCUUCCUGUGGUCUGUUUUAGCUGUUGCAAGCACUUGAAUGACCAGAGGAAUGACACUGUUUUAUCACUUCAUGUUCCUGCCUGUACUUAUGCCUCGUCUUGUGCCCUACAGAAGGAACACAGCUUAAACUGUACCAGUCCACCCUGUGGUUGGGUGCUUAUGCCACCUUCCACAGGAACAGCCUCCGUUACUGUCCUGACCUGUCCAACAACAAAUCUAGCUACACUUUUUUCUCCCUCUUUAUGGAAAGACCCAGAGCGCAGCGGAAAUCGUGUCGUGUUAGCACUGCUUGAGCACACGCGAAAUGGCGCAACACUUUGCGAUGCCUACUUGGCUUAAGACGAGAAACUGAUCACACCUAGAGCGCUGUUAUCGUUUGUUGACGUUUUUUUUUUUUUAUCAUAGAUGGAACCAAAGCUUAUAUGUGCAGAUGAACUUGUCAGCUGUGUUUCUACAGGACCUAUAUUUGUAUACACAGGAGUGUGGAUAUGCACUGUGAAACGUUCAUUGCAGUUUGCUUCAUGUUAAAUGCCCCUGGUGGUGACUAGUGGUACCGCACAAAUGAUCAUCUCUUUUAGCCACCCUGCUCAUUGAUAAUGGUCUUGGAGAAUUUGGAUGUUUUCUCCUUUAAUAUGUAACACCUUCAGACCAUAUGUUCACAUGCUUAUUACCAACAUCCUAAAUAUGUCCUACAUUUCUCAACCCUUGGUACUUCCUAAGAUAUAUAUUUUUCCUCAGUGCUUGUUUCCAUCCUGCUCACUGCGAUUUUGUGUAAGCUGUGAUCAACCAUUUGAUGGGGCCGGUGCCUAUAUUUAUGCAUGAUUCCUCCUGUACAAUUUUAAUGCAAGCAGACCAUAUCUGAGAGCAAUUUCAAAAGCCUCCUGGGUUCACAGUAUCUAUGCAGAAGGAAAUUAACAAUUUUUGCUCAAAAGGAAGGAGGGCUACAAAAUGAUUGAAUUGGCCUGAAUCAUGUUCUCUCCUCCAACCUUCACAGUGUGCUGAACAAGAGGGUUGUACAUAAGUGCACAUGUAGAUUUGCCAUUUCAGUCAUUUGAAAUGAGAUUUUCCAAAGAUUUACAAGUAUCUUAAUAGAUGUCUGCUUCUUACAUGUUGUAGAUGACCAUGGUGUACAGGGUGAUGUAAAACAUGCACGGUCAUAUUAGUGUGAUCGAAAGGGAAAAAUACAACUGAACAUUCUCACAAUAUGGGGGAAAAUUCCUUAUAUUUCGGGUUUUGCUUUGUUCAGGAUGAUAUGAGAGUUUGGGUUCCCUCUCUUUCGCUGAAGUCACACUGUCUGAUUAUGAAAGGAGAGAAACCACUGAGGUAGUCUUAUAGAGACAUGCUGUACCAAAAUAACAUACUUUAUUGAGCCUUCAUUUUCCCAGACUCCUGUCCAUAUCCUCUGCUAAAUAAGUUACCAGAUUAGCUGAUCUAUUCACAGCACUGGCGUUAAACAACCUUCGUUUUUCUUUACGAACUAUUGUAAUAUAGGAAUGUGGAGAAAAAAUCCAACCAGACAUUCUUGCUCUGAAUGAUGGAUGCCUACCUGCACAAUGUCAGGUAGAGGAAUGAAAUGACUGUGAAUCAUGUCUUCAUAAAUCUAGUUGAUGAAAAGGUGUGACUUGUAAAUGUAAUCUCUUUAUUUGAAAGCAACUUAAAGGACACUGUGUUUCUUUAGUGGUGUAUAGGUUUGUGUUUCAAAGAGCAAGGGCAGGUUUGAUGGAUCAUAUGGAUACAGGCAGUUUAAAGCUAGUCUGAGUAUCAGUAUCUUAAGCAAACAUUCCACUCCCUGUGCUCUAUUCCAUUCCCUGUACUCCUUUUCUGCCAUCUAAUAUGAUCCCUUUUUAUUAAUAAGCUCAAAGAACAUUUUAUCCUGA